AUGGUGGCCACAUUCGCCAUCAUCUCGGCCCUCCUCACCUCUUCCUCUGUCUCUGCCCAGGAUACCACCCCAUACGACUGUGCAAAGGUCUCCGUUUCUGGAAACUCCUACGACAUCUCUGCCUUGAAGAAAACAUACCUGGUCAAGGGUGAGGAUACGCCAGUAUAUCCUAAUAAGCAGCGGGUCGACUAUUUCGUGAACCCCUGCCAGGCUAUUGUUGUCCCCGACGCUGAGGUCAAGCAGCACUGUGUCGCUGGCGCUUGGGUCUGCCAGGAUACAAAGGUCAUCUUUGAAGACGGCGAGUCCAAGACUCUCUCCCUUCUGCCCAUUGCCGGAACUGCACCCGCCGCAGAUGGCAUCCCAGCACGCGAGGUCGCUCCUCUUGCCGCCCUCGCCGACAAGAUUGAGAACGUUGCCGAGGUGCCAUGGACCUUGACCUUGAAGGGAGGAUUGAUCAAGGGACAGGACCAGUCGGCCGUUAUCACCUUUAUCUGUGAUGCUUCAGUUACCGAUGAUAACCUUGCACCUACGCUGACCGGAUACCAGAACGGAGUGGCGAGCUUCUCAUGGAAGCACAAGUCUGCUUGCGCUGUCCACCUUCAGUUGCCUGUCCAGGAGAGCAUGAGCGGAUUCAGCGUGUUCUUGACAGUGUUCUUUUCAUUUGCUUUCAUCUACCUUGUCCUCGGCGCAGUGUACAACCACCAGGUCUAUGGUGCCAAGGGACUCGACCUCCUUCCCCACAAGGAUUUCUGGAGAGACUUCCCCACCCUGGUGGUUGAUGUUGUUCAUCACGUCUGGGAUUCAGUUACAGGACGCGCCAGAGGAGGUGGAUACGUGUCCGUGUAA